GACGAGAAUUACGCCCAUCAGGAGGAAAAAUAGAGCUAACCACUGUAAUCGAUGGAGUGAUUUUCGCAAAAUAACGACUGCGAAGAAGGCCGUUGUCAAAAUUUUUAAUUGAUAAGUGACCUGCAAAAAACAUAUUUACGAAAAAUUUAUCGGCGGAUAAAAUUAAUUUAAGUACAUUUAAGGGAGAAGGAGAGCUUUCAAAUUUAGAAUUAGAUGAAAUAGUGUUGACGGAUUUAUUGGAAUUACCGUCAUGGUUACGUUUGACUAGAUCCUGGUGCAAUAAAGUCACAUUUCGAAUACAAUGGACGAAAUUAAAAAGUGUUCCUAUUUUUCUGAGCUUAGAUGAGGUGCAUAUAGAAGUUGAAACUGUCGAGGAUUUAAGAAGCAUGUCAUCGCCUCAAGGAUUAUCCUCUUAUGCAGGACCUGCGAAAUAUUCUUUCAUUCAUAAAGUAAUCGAUGGAAUAACUGUCGCUGUCAACACUGUUUCUGUUAAAUUUAAAAGUCCAGCGUUUAUUGCUAAAGUUCAGAUGUCACGUAUAAUGGUCGAAUCGAAAUCCCCAACAUGGCAACGUAGUGAUCUGCGAAUGACGAGAGUGAAAGAUCCGGAUCGGGGGCAAUUGUUGAUUUUCAAAGAACUCGAGUGGCAAACGGUGAGAAUUGAAGCUUGGAGCACCAAAGACAAGGACCUUACGCCACUUCGUUUGCUUACCAAUCAAGCACGAUGUAGAAUUACAAUUAAAAAAAGACUUUCAGAUUGUUUUGUGAUAGGAUCAAGGUUAGUAAUAAUUCUAGAUGACCUGCUCUGGGUUUUGACUGAUUCCCAAUUAAAGGCUGCUCUUCAUUUCAUUGAUUCCCUGGGUGGUUUAAUUGAAAAAGCGACGGUUCUCGAAAGAAAAACAAAGGCUGCUCGAAAAUUAGAGUGUUUACCAGAAUAUCAGGCACAAGUUUCACAACAAACGCGAUCAAAGAGUGCCAGUCACACGCCAAUUUCGAAAAUAUUCUCAAGAUACGAUGUCUUUGAAACGUCCUAUCAUUUUCUUUCGCAGAGAAUCGAUUUACAUUUAUGUGACGAUCCUGGAGUUGGAAGAUCUCUUCAUCCGGAUUUGCAGGACGGCGGCGCGCUUCAGAUUUCAUUGGUGAAAUUUCAAGUAGAUUAUUAUCCGUACCAUUUGGCAAUUGCCGACAGAAAGCACUGGGCGCUUUAUAAGGAGAGCGCCGUUCCUCACAGUCAAUGGCUACAACAGUCUUUAAAUGCUUUUCGAGGACAAUUUAUGGAGCUUAUCGAUUCCGGAAGAACUCAACAUUCGCCUCUAACUCGUACCCAAGCAAAUGCGAGCGGUAACAGUAUGAAAUCAAGCGGAGACGAAUCGGAUAAGCCUUCAAUUCAAAGUACCGGAUCGCAGGAGAAAAAAGCUUCCCCACAUCCAAGUGGAAAUCCCGUGAAAAAUCACGUUCUUGAACAAUUGGCAAAAUUAAUGACGACCUGCAUUGUUAUUCGAGUCGAUGACUUCACACUCUAUAAAGUUACAACAGGAUCACGAAAGCCCGUACCAAAAGAAUUUGUCCUAGCUCAAUCGAGGAAAAAGCAUUCACCAGGGGAUAAAGACAGAUUCUGUCUUCCGGAGGAUGUGAAUAUUCUUCAUGCGGAAUUUACUUAUUAUUAUUAUCCAGGAGACAUUACUUUUCCUCUGCCAUUACCAAAGUUCUACGUCCAACUGAAUCCAAUACAAAUUAAUUUCGAUAUUUGCUCCUGUCUUUGGUUUAAUUCGUUUCUAUUGAAUCUUUAUUAUUCACUUUUGGGCGACGGAAAGAAAAGUGCGACAAACACCGCUAAUCUUAUGUAUUUUGAUGUUAAAAUCGAAGCAAUAUUGCCAAGAGUUGUUUUCGAGAAUCAACAGGAUUAUCCAAAUCAAAAAGACAGACCGAAAUCCCUCCAUAUUCAAACUUCAAGAGCGACAAUAACAAAUGUCAGAUCAACGGAAAGAUCAUCGAGAGCUGAUUUAGCGCAAUGUCUCAAUGCAUUUCAAAUGGGGCAAAUGUUUUUUGGCACCGAAUUUCCCAAUAAACCAGACGAUUUUCAUGUUGUUACGGAAAAAUUUCUACAACACUGUGCAGGUACAGACAGAAUUCGAUCGGUUCCCGACAAUUUCAGCAGCAAUUCAGUGAACGAAAUGGUGCGACAAUUGAAGAGGGAACUUCUUUGGAUGGAGGCAAAGGAUGUUUGGUGCUGUAAUUUCGAGCCAGUUUGGGGCGAUUUUUUCGGAGCAAGAGCCGUGGGGCAAAAUCGGCCAGUUCCAUUUUUAGACGCUUUUCCAUUAACACUUUGGAUUCAUAUGAAAACGGAAGACAAAAACGAGGAGUCUUCGUCGACUUCUAAAAUUCCCUCGGCCGAUAUACAUGGACUUGCUUACAUUAGUAAUCUCAUUAGUGUACAAAUUAAUCACUAUCAAUUUCUAUUUCUCCUGAGACUCUCGGAAGCAGUGACUGAAAUGGCCACUUACUUGAAUGUCGAUUCGAAUAAAAUUCUCAAAGUCGAGAGAGGAAGUUCGAUCGUUAUCGGGGCGCUAAUUCCUCAGAUUGAAGUGACAUUCAUCAUGCCCUCGCAAACUCCAGGAAAGGAAAAUUCUGGUGGCGAUUUGGAGUCCGUCGUUCCUGACUCGUCGAGCAUUGCCGACAUCGAAUUCGGUGGUCCGUCGUCCCUGUGGCAGACGAAUGCAACAGCGGCGCGAGUCGAUUACAGUACGAAGCGAAUGAACACAAGCAAUGACGUCGAGACACCGCAAAGUGAAGUUUCAUCAAUGCUCUCAAUGGAUUUCUCCCAUAUGAAUGUUUCCCAGACUGUCGUGACCUUUCAACAAAAUGGAACGAAUAAUAAGCACGAACCGUCGGAGAAGAAAUUAACGAGAGCGAGACCCGAAAAUAUCAAAGUCGAAACAUCAAAUUCGCCAUUCACGUCGAAUAAUUUGAGUCUUUCGUCGAUGAAAAAGGGAUUUAGUAAUUUAAUGACGUCUUUGGACUCGGCGUUGAAACCGUCGCCGGAGGAUGGUUGCAGUGAUACGGUCUCGAUGAGAAGUGAUGCGAGUUCCGAUAGUGAGAAUUAUGUUGUGGUCUCUUUGGAGGAUCAGGAGAAAAUGGACGCGACUUUUGCUCUUGAUAAUUCAAUCAGAGUUGCUGCCGUUGAAGAGGCGAGCGAAGUUAUUGAAGAGACGCCGGAUACGCAAAGUGAAAAGUCCUUGGAUAGCGUUUGUAAACGAAAAGAUUUGGUAUCAAUGGUGACGUUUAAACUCUCAAAAGUUGAAGUUAUUCAACAGUCAAAUGGAUUUUCAUCGGCGAUAAAAGUUCAGGUCUCAAAUAUUGCCAGUGAUGAGUGUUCGUCAAUUCCUUGGGACGAAUUUCAGACAAAAUUCAGUUCGAGAACAAGAGGAUGGGUUGAAUUGCCCUCUGAUUCGGAGUGCAGAGCAAAAAUUAAAUUGAGAUUGGAGCACUGCCUCAAGGACAAGGAGGAUUCGAGGAGAUUAUCACAAGCGAGUCAAAGUACUUACAGCAGUAGGUCUUCCCAGGAUCGAGGGAGAUUUGCCGGCGAUAUUGAAUCGGAAAAUUCUGCAUUUAACAUUUGCGAUAAGCAAAGUGUCAUGGCUCUAUUUAAAGAUCAUGUCAAUAUCAAAGUUUCGAAUGUUAAUUUAACAUUGUGCAUGAGUUCAGUCACUGGCCUCACGGACUUAAUUGAGGACGAAAUUAUUCCCAAGCCCAUUCCAGUUGAGAUCUUGUUGGAAAAUAUCGCAGUAACAUUAAACGAAGAUCGUCCUCCAAAUAAUAUAACGUCUCCUGGGCCAAUUCCCAUAGAUUUAAUUAUUUCCCGUCUGAGGAUAUUACGAGGAACCGAUGGAGUUUUUCACAUUGAACCAGCUGUAAACAUUCUCCCGGAGAGUCAAUCGAAUCCAACGCUUUCGAAUGGUUCAAUUCAGAAUAGAAGUGAAGCUGAAUUAAAUAUUUUUAAACAAUCUUGCAAGCAAUUGAAAUCUGAUAAUGAGGAACUAAAGAGACGUCUCGCUGCUUUGGAACGAUUGGCGGAGGAAAAUUCACGAUUGCGAUUUGUUAAAGAGGAAUCGGAUAUGUUGAGAUCGUGCUUGGAAAUGUCGCAGGAGAAUAUUUCAAUUUUAAUGAAAGAGAAGAAAAAUCUUCAGGAAGCUGUGACGAAUCUUCAGGGUCAACUCGCUGGCGCUGGACCUAGUAACACUAGUCGAACUUCAUGGUCAAUGAAGAGAUAGCACACUAGAUGUUUUGACUGCUCUAAAUGUUGCAGCGCCAAUAAAUCUUAG